UGCGGGAGAGGUGGGGUUAAAACCGGGAGGCUUUGCAGUGGGAGCCCUGGUGGGCUAGGCUGCAUUGUGAUCGCGACAGAUGUCUGAGGGGCACUCCUCAGACCCACACUGCACCCUCAGAGAGCAAGACCGGAAUCCGCAGCUGUCACUCCCAAGGCUUUCGCCUCUAUUAUCACAUUCAAGCGGAGUCUGGAGACCAACUGAUUACUUUCCUCAGUACAGGUGACACCAUGGGAGGGAAACUGAGCAAGAAGAAGAAGGGGUAUGAUGUGAGUGAUCCCAAAGAAAAAAAGGAUGAUACUGCAGCACCAGCUGCAAGUGCCGAGGAGUCUGGUAAAGAAGAUGAUGCAGCACCACCCACAGAAGCUCCUGUGACAACUGAAUCGGGCAAUGGGGAAGAGGAAGCUGUUGGAUCAGCUGUUGCAGUAGUAACUGAAGCAGGAAAAAACCCUGAACUGUCUAAAUCUGCUCCACCUGAAGAACAAGCAGUAGUAGCAGCUGUAAUACCAGAAGAACCAGUCACAGUCAACCAAGAACCAGUUCCAGUUCUAGAACAACCAGUCCCAGUCAAGGAAGAAGCAGCUCCAGUUCCAGAACAGACAGUCGUAGUCAAUGACGAGGUAGUUUCUGUUCCAGAACAACCAGCCAUUGUCAAGGAAGAAGCAGCUCCAGUAACAGAAACCAUCGUUGUCAAAGAAGAUGCAGCUCCAAUUCAAGAAGAAGAAGAAGCCGCAUUCAAACAAGAUGCAGCUCCAGUAUCAGAAGAACAAGAGGAAGAAGCUACAAUUACAGCGGAAUCAUCUUCAGUACUAGAAGACGUGGCUUCAAUACCAAAUGAACCAGUCGCAGGCACAGAGGAAGCCACUCCAGUUCAAGAGGAAGCAGCUGCGGUAUUAGAAGAACCUACCACAGCACCAGAGGAGGCAGUUCCAGUUCUAGAAGAACCCGCUGCAAUAUCCGAGGCAACAUCACCAUUACCAGAAGAAGCUACAGUCAAAGAGGCUGUAACAAUUGAGGCAGAACCAGAGUUUGCAGCUGCACCCGAACCUAUCGAAGAACCUUCUCCAGCUAAAGAAACUGUGAAAAAACUACACGUUGUUCCUGCCAGUCCAGAGGAGUCACUCAAAGAGCCAGAACCCAUUCUAGUGACUCUUACAGAGCCCGAGGACAUUUCAGAGGAGAUAGCCCCACCUCCAUUUGUUCAGGAAUUUGAACCACUGGCUGAACCAGUAAUAGAGCAAGAGACAAUUUUGGAGACUGAAAUAGAGCAGGCAACAAAACCCGAGACAGAAUCAGUGACAGAGAACGAACCAGAGCCAGAACAGGAGGUUGACACAAAGGAACCUCCAGCUGAGGAACAAGGUCAAGAAGAUGAGCCUUAUCCAACAGUGGCCACAGAUGACAGCAUGGAACAUAAGACUGUGGAUGCUGAGGAAAUCAACAACAAAUGUAUGCCUUCAAAUGAUGAAUCAGCUGGACCAGACAUAGCAGAACCUGCAGGAUCUGAUGUGAUUGCUGAAACCUCUGUGGAAAAUGUGCCUUUUCCAGAGAGUGUGGUGGAAACAAAGAUGGAAAAUGGUGAUACGGAGAGCGCUCCUCUUACAGAGGAUGUGGUGGAAGUAGCGGCACUCCCGGUUGUGAAUGGAGAGCGCACAGUCUCCACACACCCAGAGGAAUGUGUUAAUGGUAUUGAGAAGUCAGUGGAGUCACCUGUGAAGAAGCUGAGUGACUUUGAACUGAAAACGGACGUUAACCUGACUGGGGAUGCCCAGGAAGCCCCAGAGGCCGUCACUGACAUUGUGGAGGCUUUGAGUACUGAGGUCACUGAGGAAGCCUGAUCUUUCAACUUAAUGUGAAUUUUGACAAAUCUUCCAGUGAGAUGUGAGAGAGGCGCCAAGGAAUCACAAAAGCAGCAAGACUUUCAGAAAUGUCGAAAUAAUGCUUGUGUUUUUCAUGGUAACUCAGGCAAUGAUUUAUUUAGUUUUGAGCAAAAAAUGAAAAACAUGCGGUCACAUGAUUAUAGACGGAACGAGGGUAGAUAGCAGGUAAGAUGAAAGUACAACUUGAGUUUAGAAUUUCAGGCAUGAGUCAAUACAGUUAAACGACACACCUGAGCGAAUAUUGUGGACAAACGAUAGACAUGUUAUUAAUGAGUGAUGUAUGAUUAAAUCUGUGUGUGAGCCCGAUUAAUAUGACAAUAUUAAUUGACUUUCAUAUAUUCUUUCUAUUACAAUGUGCAGAGCCACACAAUGUUUUGGCCUUUUAUAACAAAUGAGACUUGUGAGAUCUGUUAAAUUUAAAAUGGUUGAACAGAGAAUAAAAAGAUUGCCAUAGCCUACAGUGA